ACCGCGUCAUCUGAGCGGACUGCUCUGUCCUGGACCACCGGACCACUGCCAUACGAGCUCCGUCCGGCCGGACAGAGGCUGCAGUGUGCGCCCGGACAGAGGAGCACUGUGCUCGGUGAGGAGUCUGCAUAAGCCGGGAGCAGCAGUGUGGGAGCGGGCUGCACGCUGCUGGAGGACACCGCGCCAGUGACACGGGGAGCAGCUGUUUACCAGAGUAACGAGUGGCGGGAAAGAAAACAUGGCUUCUUCUCCGGUCCCUGUCACCCCGGCGUCGAUGGAAGGAGGGACCCCUUCGCCCGCGAAUGAUGACGAGCCCUCCACACCGCGACAGUCGGACAGUAACACCAGUUUCCUGCGAGCAGCCAGAGCAGGGAAUAUCGACAAGGUUUUGGAAUUCCUGAAAGGUGGAGUGGACAUCAGCACAUGCAAUCAGAAUGGACUCAACGCUCUGCAUCUGGCGGCUAAAGAAGGCCACAUGGAUCUGGUUCAGGAGCUGCUGGAGCGGGGAGCCAGCGUUGACGCAGCCACUAAGAAAGGAAACACAGCCCUCCACAUCGCAUCUCUGGCUGGUCAGGGAGAAGUCGUGAAGACUUUGGUCAAACGUGGGGCGGACAUCAACUCACAGUCACAGAAUGGGUUCACUCCACUGUAUAUGGCCGCUCAGGAGAACCAUCUGGACGUGGUGCGGUACCUACUGGAGAACGGAGGCAACCAGAGCACAGCUACAGAGGAUGGCUUCACCCCACUGGCCAUUGCCUUGCAACAGGGCCAUAACCAGGUGGUGUCCAUUUUACUGGAGAAUGACACCAAGGGGAAAGUGCGCCUGCCUGCCCUGCACAUUGCCGCGCGCAAAGACGACACCAAAUCUGCCGCACUACUGCUCCAGAAUGACCACAAUGCGGAUGUACAGUCCAAGAGUGGAUUCACCCCCCUGCACAUCGCGGCUCACUAUGGGAAUGUAAACGUGGCCACUCUUUUGCUAAACAGAGGAGCAGUGGUGGACUUCACAGCGCGGAAUGGCAUUACUCCUCUUCAUGUGGCUUCUAAGCGUGGGAACACUAACAUGGUGCGCCUCCUAUUGGACAGAGGCUCUCAGAUCGAUGCUAAAACCAGGGACGGUCUGACUCCACUUCACUGUGCAGCUCGCAGUGGACAUGACACAGCUGUGGAACUGCUGCUGGAGAGGGGAGCCCCCCUGCUGGCCAGGACCAAGAACGGUCUGUCCCCUCUGCACAUGGCGGCUCAGGGUGACCACGUGGAGUGCGUCAAACACCUGUUGCAGCACAAGGCACCUGUUGAUGAUGUCACGCUGGACUACCUGACUGCCCUGCACGUAGCUGCUCACUGUGGACACUACCGAGUCACCAAACUACUGCUGGACAAGAGAGCCAACCCCAACGCACGUGCCCUGAAUGGCUUCACUCCACUACACAUCGCCUGUAAGAAGAAUAGAGUAAAGGUGAUGGAGCUGCUGGUCAAAUAUGGAGCCUCUAUCCAAGCCAUCACGGAGUCUGGUCUCACCCCAAUACAUGUGGCAGCUUUCAUGGGCCACCUCAACAUCGUCCUGCUGCUGCUGCAAAAUGGAGCCUCCCCGGAUGUCUCCAACAUUAGGACUGCACUACAUAUGGCAGCAAGAGCAGGCCAAGUCGAAGUGGUCCGAUGUCUGCUGAGGAAUGGUGCCAUAGUGGAUGCUCGGGCACGGGAGGACCAGACACCCUUACAUAUCGCAUCACGACUGGGUAAAACAGAGAUUGUUCAGCUCCUGCUCCAGCACAUGGCCCACCCUGACGCUGCCACCACCAAUGGCUACACCCCCCUCCAUAUCUCAGCUCGUGAGGGGCAGGUGGAGACUGCCUCUGUGCUGCUGGAGGCAGGGGCGUCACACUCACUUGCCACUAAGAAAGGCUUCACUCCCCUUCAUGUGGCAGCGAAGUAUGGAAGCCUGGAUGUGGCCAAACUUCUGCUGCAGCGCCGUGCCCCACCAGACUCUGCUGGAAAGAAUGGACUCACUCCGCUCCAUGUUGCAGCUCAUUAUGAUAACCAGAAGGUGGCUCUUCUGCUGUUGGAUAAGAAUGCAUCACCCCACACCAUGGCCAAGAACGGCUACACCCCUCUCCACAUCGCGGCCAAGAAGAACCAGAUGGAGAUUGCUACAGUGCUGCUGGACUAUGGAGCAGAGACCAACAUCCUGACCAAACAGGGUGUGACCCCUCUGCACCUAGCCUCUCAGGAGGGGCAUGCAGAGAUGGCCGCUCUACUGCUCAGCAAGGGGGCGCAGGUCAACACCCCCACCAAGAGUGGCCUGACUGCCCUUCACCUCGCGGCUCAGGAGGAUAAAGUGUCUGUGGCUGAGAUCCUGGUUCGACACGGAGCUACCCUCGACCAACAAACCAAAUUGGGCUACACGCCACUUAUUGUAGCAUGUCACUAUGGUAACGGCAAGAUGGUGAACUUCCUGUUACAGAAUGGAGCCAGUGUGAAUGCCAAAACAAAGAAUGGAUACACUCCCCUUCACCAAGCAGCCCAGCAGGGAAAUACACAUAUCAUCAAUGUGUUGCUGCAGUACGGAGCCAAGCCCAAUGCCAUCACUGUGAAUGGUAACACUGCUCUGGGAAUUGCCCGGAGGCUUGGCUACAUCUCUGUGGUGGACACACUCAGAGUAAUCACGGAGGAGAUCAUCACCACCACUACAACGGUGACAGAGAAGCAUAAACUCAAUGUACCAGAAACCAUGACUGAAGUCUUGGAUGUAUCAGAUGAAGAGGGAGACGACACAAUGACAGGUGAUGGAGGGGAAUACCUGAGAGCGGAGGACCUGCGGGAGCUGGGGGAUGACUCCCUCCCAGGACAGUAUCUGGACGGGAUGAAUUACCUACGCUUCAGCUUGGAGGGGGGCCGCACUGAUAGUUCGGACAGGUCCUUCACCCCAACCCACCACAGCUAUUACUCCAAACAUGAGGGUCUGAUGGAGGAGCUGCUCAACAGUCAGCAGAUGUCCUCCCUGGCCAGAGAGAAUGACAGAGAGAACUACAGGCUGAGCUGGGGCACAGAGAACUUGGACAAUGUGGCCCUGUCCUCUAGCCCCAAUCCACUCUGGUCACUCUUCUCCGUGCCACCAUGGAGACCACAGCAGGUGACCCUCUGCAUCCUGGUGUUCCCAACCCCUGACCCCGCCCCCCACUUCACCCUCCUCCCCCUCUCACACCUCCUCACCCCCUCACCCCAACCCUCCUGUCACAGUGUGCUCUCCUCUGGGGGAGGUGAUCACGUGUGUGUUACGUUAUUCAUGUCUGUCUACAAAAGACUGUGUCACAACUUCCAAAUACAGUAUUGA